GGACUUUUUUACGAGGUCACACUGGCGUGUACAAUUUUUUGUCAAUCAUUUGCUUGAGAAAAUAUAUUAAAAAACACGGAUAAAAUGGCCGCGCGCGGCGAUUUGAUUGCACAAUUCAUAGAGAUCACCGGAACGGACGAGAAUGUGGCCAGGUUCUACCUGUCCAGCUGCGACUGGGACAUAGAGCACGCUCUGGGCAACUACUGGAGCACCCAGGCCGUGUUGCCCGCGCCGGUGCAGUCGGUGGGCCACGCGGACAAUCCAAAACCAAAGCCAACUUCGAGUAGUGGAGCAAGUGCAGCAGCUCCCGCCGCCGGAGCCACCAAAUCUGCGGACGCUGCCGCCGCUUCCUCAUCCGCCUCGGUGGACAUCGCACCGGCUGCGUCCAAGGCCAAGCCAAAAUUCGCCACCCUCAGCGACAUGUCCAAGGAACUCUCGAGCGACGAUGACCAGCAGGCCUUCUACGCCGGCGGCUCAGAUCGCUCCGGUCAACAGGUCCUGGGCCCGCCGAAGCGCAAGAACUUCCGCGAACAGCUCACCGACAUGAUGCGUUCUGCGCAGGAGCAUAACAUCGCGGAGGUGGGCCCCUCCACCAGCAGCGGAAGUGGCAGUGGAGGAGCCAGCGGCGCCGUCUGGGGCCAGGGCAUGAGGCUGGGCAUGACCGACAACGAUCACACGGCUGUGGGCACCAACAAACCGCCAUCGAGCAGUGAGAACAAGCCGGUGGUGGUGCUGAAGCUCUGGAGUCAGGGAUUCUCCAUCGAUGGCGGCGAGCUGCGUCACUAUGACGAUCCGCAGAACAAGGAAUUCCUAGAGACUGUCAUGCGCGGAGAAAUUCCGCAAGAGCUGCUGGAAAUGGGCCGUAUGGUGAAUGUGGAUGUAGAGGACCACCGACACGAGGACUUUAAACGCCAGGCAGCUCCGCAGACAUUCAAGGGUUCCGGCCAGAAGCUGGGCAGUCCAGUGGCGAAUGUGGUCACCGAAGCACCAACUGUUUCAGCGGCCCUGUCCCCCGGCGAGGCGGCCAACCAGGAGGCCAGUGCCCGUGAUGCCAUCAACUUGAACUCCGAAGCACCGUCUACCACGCUGCAGAUUCGGCUGGCGGAUGGCUCGCGUUUAGCUGCGCAGUUUAAUCUGACACACACCGUCUCCGACAUACGUCGAUUCAUACAAACGGCACGCCCUCAGUACUCAGCCAGUAACUUCAUCCUGGUUUCCUCGUUUCCCACUCGCGAGUUGAGCGACGACAAUUCCACCAUCGAGAAGGCUGGCCUCAAGAAUGCGGCUCUCAUGCAGCGCCUCAAGUAACUAUAAGUUAAAUAAGCGUUAAGGCUCCCAACAAGGGGAGCAACAACAACCUAUGAAAUAAAGCUGGAUUUGGUGAAGUCGGGAAACCUACACGGCCCAAUCCGAUGUCUAUAACUGUCUACUAUAUAUACAAUAUACCAAAAUUGUGUGCUUA